AUAGUCUACUCUGACUCGUAAGAAAGAAGUUGCGGGAGUUGGGGAAAAUUAAUGGCUACCUACAUUUGAAGACCAGUGAAAGCCCAGUGAAUCAAAGACAUCAAGGCACGGUGAUUGAUCACUCACCUCAAAUGGAGGAUCUCAUAAGAUUUGCCUGAAAUUGGCGGCCCACGGUUGUUCCUUUUGAAGAAACACAGUAACCAGUCUUCGUUUCUUCUACUUCUUCUUCUUCGUGCAAUUACUUGUAAGAUGGGAAAACGAAUAUGGGUUCACUGGGUGAUCAUGGCGCUUCACGUUGUCGCCAUUGUCAUCUUCACCCGAGGCUUUCUGCUCACUCGAACGGAGCUUCCGUUUUACAGCAAUUGCUCCGACGUUUUGCAAUCCCCUUGCUCCUUCAGCGUCAACGAAAACCAAAACCAGAACCAGAACCAAAACGACACCGUCGAUCAGAAUCAGCAGCGUUGUUGGAGCAAACCUGCUAUUGGCCGCCUUGUCAUCAUCGUUUUUGAUGCUCUCAGGUUUGAUUUUGUAGCUCCCAGUACUUUUUUUCAAGAAUCAAAGCCAUGGAUGGACAAAUUACAGUUUGUACAAGACCUGGCAGCUAAAAAUGCAUCAUCUGCUCGGAUUUUCAAAGCCAUUGCUGAUCCACCUACGACAAGUUUGCAGCGUUUGAAGGGCUUGACAACCGGUGGACUGCCGACUUUUAUUGAUGUUGGGAACAGCUUUGGUGCUCCAGCAAUAGUUGAAGAUAACUUGAUACAUCAGUUGGCUAAAAAUGGAAAGCGAGUUGUGAUGAUGGGGGAUGAUACAUGGAUGCAGUUGUUUCCAAAUCAUUUUGAAAAAUCGUUUCCUUAUCCCUCCUUUAAUGUUAGAGAUCUUGAUACGGUGGACAACGGUUGCAUUGAGCACCUUCUUCCAUUCUUGCACCAAGAAGAUUGGGAUGUUCUUAUUGCACACUUUCUUGGUGUGGAUCAUGCUGGGCACAUUUUUGGGGUUGAUUCUGUGCAAAUGAUAGAAAAGUUGGAGCAAUACAAUAGCAUCUUGCAGAAAGUAGUUGAAGCACUGGAGAGCCAGUCUGCACCCGGGGGACUACAUGAGAAUACUCUUCUACUUGUGAUGGGUGAUCAUGGGCAGACCAUAAAUGGAGAUCAUGGUGGGGGGAGUGCUGAAGAGGUUGAGACAUCAAUUUUUGCUCUGAGCUUUAAGAAUCCCCCAUCUCCCUUACCAUCAGAGUUUGAUACUUCAUCUUGUGGACUAGAUUUGGGAAGGAGGAAUAUUUGCUUCAGUUCCAUCCAGCAGCUUGACUUUGCAGUGACGGUAUCGGCGCUGCUUGGUAUCCCCUUUCCUUUUGGAAGUAUUGGGCGUGUUAAUCCACAGCUAUAUGCUUUAGGGGCUGGAACAUGGCAUUUUGAAGACACUGCGGGAAAUUACCAGAAUAAGUCAAAGUUGGAAGAAUGGAUGCUGAAUUAUGCCAAUGUACUCUGCACCAAUUCUUGGCAGGUAAAAAGAUAUAUAGAUAUUUAUUCAGCUUCAUCUGUUAUUGGAUUUUCCAAUGAAGACUUGUUGCGCAUAGCAAGCAUGUAUGCUAAAGCAGAGGAAAAAUGGUCACAUGCUACACAGAAGUUGCUGUUACAUAAAAAGGAAAGCCACAAUGAGUUAUUGCCUGCUCUAAGGAGGCAAAUUGAUUUGUAUUCUGAAUUCCUAGCAAGUGUUGCUGAACUUGCCCGCUCCAAAUGGACUGAGUUUAAUUUAAAGAUGAUGGGUACUGGACUUGGCAUUAUGUUGAUAUCACUUCUUAUCCACUUCCUUGCAAUUAAGAAAGUGAAGGAGCAAUAUGGUUUUUCUUUUACUUCAUCUGGAGAUUCUGGGAUUUCCUUUGGGUUGAUUUUUUCUUGUUUUAUGGUGGUCAUACGUGCAUGCAGCUUCCUCUCGAAUAGUUUCAUCUUGGAAGAAGGAAAAGUGGCAUGCUUUCUUUUGGCUACAACUGCACUAGUUAAGAUGCGAUAUUCAAUCAUGAAGAAGAAGAUGAUAUUAGAAGCAUUUGUUUUCCUUCUUCUGAUCACCAUUUGCAGAUUUACUAUUGAAGUUGGAUUGUCGAAGCAGGCUCCUAGUUCUGAAUUUAUGAAUGCAUAUCCUUCGUGGAUGCUCAGGAUUGCUGCAGGGUUUCCAAUUUGGAAUUUUGUUGCUGAAGCUUUACCGGUAGUUGCCCUGAUUUUAUUGGCAUUCUUGCUGCGUGAGGCCAUUACUAGAAGCUCUUCAAAGGGUAUUUGGAAGUAUAUUAUCAUGGGAACUAAUUUAAGUUAUAUGCUAAUAGCAGUGCAUUGGGCUUCAGAAAGUGACAGAUUGAAUCUAGCUUGGGUGCUUAAAGGCACUGGAAGAAGUUAUAUUCCUAGACUAAUAUAUGCCAUUGGAUUUGGACAAUUGUUAUUACUGACAUUUAAUCAGCUGUUCAGUAAAAGGAAAUCCUCAGAUCACAGCAAUCUCUUGUAUAUUAAAACAGUCGCCAUGUUUUCUGCAUGGAGCUCAACAAUCAUUAUUCUGUUGGGAAAACAGGGGCCCUGGGUUGCUUUAGCAUUCAUAAUUGGAGGCUAUUGCAUAAUGAGGCUGGAUAACAUAGAACUGGAUGUCAAAGAUGGAGGCAAUUGGAAAAGGAUGCUUGAUCCUGUUCCUGUAACACAGUGGAGCCUUUUUGCUGUGUGCCUGUUUUUCUGCACUGGUCAUUGGUGUGCUUUUGAUGGCCUCCGAUAUGGUGCUGCAUUUACUGGGUUUGAAGAGUUCCUCCUAGUUCCCCAAGCAAUCCUUCUUACAAUGGACACAUUUGGUUUUUCUCUCAUCCUUCCAAUAUUUGGAGUUCCAUUUCUUGUCGCACGCCUGGGUCAGAGCGAUAAAGGGAAGAAGUUCAUACUUUUGCGACUAUCUCUGGUGUACAUGAUUUAUGGGCUCAUCAUGGCAACUUCAGUCACAGCCACCAUAAUAUGUGUUACGAUGCAUAGGCGGCAUUUAAUGGUAUGGGGUUUAUUUGCUCCCAAGUUUGUUUUUGAUGUGGCGGGUCUGAUCCUCACAGAUAUACUCGUUUGUUUGGCCUCACAUUACUAUUUCAGUGAAGUAGAAGACGAUGCCCUACAAGAUCUGUAUACCAAAAAAUAAAAAAACCCUACAUGUAAUCAACUCCAAAAUUUUGUCUGCAUUUGUUAUUGAAUAUUGUAGCAAAUUCAUGUGAGGUAAAGUUGAAAUCUGCAUCGAAAAUUUUGCUGUAACUUCACAACCCAAUGCUGGCAUUAUUAGAAAGGAAUGUUGUGUAAUAUUUACAACCAACCUGAUUGAAGCUCUUGUUUGUCGAGAUUUAAUAAACAGCAUAUUGGUUCAGAAGGUCAA